AUGGACUUCGGAACACUUUUAUUCCGUGCGAUUUUUGGCAGCGUUUUAUUCCAGUUCCUGGUGGAGCUGGGCCGAUUCAAACUCCGCGGACGCGGACCUUCAGAUGUCGGGCCACUGGAAUUGUUUGGUUACACGGUCCUCCUCGCUGCGGCAGUGUGGUCGCCCGAUCUUUCGAAGACCCCGGAAUCAGGAGUUCUGCUAAGGGGUGGCUCACUUGGAGUUCAGCCCGUAGUGAUAAAGAAGGAGAACCCCGCGUUUCGACUCCGCAGAGCAAAUGGAACUCUGGCUCGAGUGAAUCUGGAACGUUUGAAGGCGGAGUUUGUCAAGAGACCGACUCAUAAAAUAAGGAAAUCGUCAGAUAAACAGGGAAGAGAUAUGACAGUGGACGAGAUCGAGAAGGAGCUCCUCGCGAUAUUUGGAGAUUGUGAAAUUUUCCUGGAGCAGGGGCCGCGUCUCCGGUUCACCCCAGAAACCGUCGGUCAACUGACUUAUAUAAGCGACCUAAUCCUGGAAGAUGGCGUCGAUCUGGUCGAAUCACGCUAUUUCCGCACCCAACCGGGUAGAGAGGGAUACAUCAUGUACAGUACCGCCAGUGGUGAUUUCGUAGAAGCUGCGGAUUCGAGGAUGGGCGUUUGGAAUGAUAUUCUACCGUACAUGGAGGACGAUCUGAACGUCAAAUGUGGAAAUGACUUAUACGACGAUAUUACUCUUCGGGACAUCUUCGUAAUGAUCGACUACGAGAUAGCUCGAGCUUACUACGAAAUUUUCGACUCGAAAACGAACAAGUACAAGUUCCUGAGUCCCGACCUGUUCAGACAGCUCCUGAGCUCCUCAAAACGUCUCCAGGUUGCGUGGGAAGAUCAAUGGGUUACAGUGUCGGAAGAUUUUUUCAAAUUCAUGCAAAAUCGCAUUGAGCAAGCUGAGGCCGGGAACAAGCACCUAAGCUCGGUUCCGAAGUCAUUGCACCAGUUUGCUGCACCAGGCUUCGAGCCCCUGAAGCUGGACCGUGACGGGCUGUUCCUGGUGUCAAAGCGAAUGGAACAGAUCGAGCGCGAAAGGCCUGUUUUCAAGUUCAGCUUCUUCUACAUUCCGGGGUACUGUCUCAAAGGGAGCACAGAGCAGGGAGCACGAUGUGACCCCGAAGCGAAUAGAAAAGGCCUCAAGUUCUCAAUACGAGGGAUAACCGACUACGAACAGGAACUCGACGAAAUUCAGCCCGCCAAUCCUGAACUGGAGAUGAUGGCUAAUGACUUGGAAAGGAAUUAUUCGAGCAAGCCCGAGUACGUGGCCGUUAAAGGGAAACUGACCAGGUUCAACAUUCCGCUCCUCGACCGCGACGAGGAAUUUAUGACGAAUCAGUAUAUCUACCGCGGGAAAUACCUCCAAAUGUAUGAGGAACACAGAACUCUCCUUGGGUGGUUGAAGAAGAGCCUCGACGUCGCUAAGAGUAUCGACUUCGACAAUAAAAUGAAGGAUUGGAUUGAACAAGCAUCGUCAUUGAGCUCGAUGGUCAGACGGGAUUUGUUCGAAAACUAUCUCAGCAAGCGCAGAAUGGCUCGAGUCAUGCUUUCGUGCCGCCCGAGUGACUCACCGCCGGCUGGAAUCCUCACAACUAUCACAGUUUGCCUCAACAGAGAGUACAAGCCCGUGGACUGUGGAAGGGUCGGCUCUUGCGGAGCCUACGGCUUCCUAUGGGCAAGUUCUCCUGAAUUCGAGGCACACCAAAGCCUGAACUGAAUAGGCCCUCGCGGAAGUAUCUACAAACAGCUUCAGUGGUCCUCAUUCCUAGAAUUGUCCACAAAAUUACUGACUUAUCUGGUCCUAUCAAUUUUCAAGAGAUAAAUGCGAAAAUCUAUUCCU